AUGGCUACCAUGAGGAUUUUGACGGCGUCCGGUUUGUUUUUGGCCUUCUGCGCGCUGGGACUGCUAGCUAUGGCUAUUAGUACGGACUACUGGUAUGAGACAGAUGCGCGUCGCCACAGGGAACGGUGUAAAAAAUACGCCAGUAAACGAAACGAUCCGGGAUACAUUUAUAUCUCAAAUCAAAACCUCCCUCUCCGGAUGCUUCCAAAAAUAGGUGGUGUGGACACCGUGGAACCCUCUGGCGGAACUCUCCUGAGAGCGAAGCGGGAGUUCUUGCCUCCUGCCUCGGCUAUGGAGUCCCGCUGUAGCCGGCGGUACAACUCCACCGUGACGGGACUGUGGAGGAAGUGUCACAGGGAAGGUUUCGAUUUGGAGACUGAGGACCUCAUCUUUAAAGGUUUGCUUCAGCGCUGCACGCCCGUGAAGUAUUACUACUCUUCAGCGAAUAUCCCCCGGAAUCUGCCUCCAAACGUCACCAAGACGAUACGCCAGGACGAAUGGCACGCACUCCAUCUACAGAGAAUGACUGCUGGUUUCAUUGGGAUGGCCGUGGCUAUAAUCCUGUUUGGCUGGAUCGUCGGCGUGCUGGGCUGCUGGAACCACAAUGAGUUGAUGCAGUACGUGGCAGGCUUGCUUUUCCUAAUGGGAGGAACAUGCUGUAUUAUCUCUCUGUGCACGUGUGUGGCGGGCAUUAACUUUGAGCUGUCUCGGUAUCCGCGCUAUCUGUACGGUCUGCCUGAGGACAUCAGUCACGGAUACGGCUGGUCCAUGUUCAGUGCCUGGGGAGGCCUGGGCCUCACUCUGUUGGCGGGGUUCUUGUGUACACUGGCCCCUUCCCUCCAUACUCCCCACACUACUGCUGCACACAAACCUCGACAGGAGAACGGCAUUGUCUGA